AUCAUGGAUUGUGCCAAACAGGUCGUCGAACAGAGUUGAAGCCCGCCCGGGCGCUCAACGUCAGUGGAGACCGGCAGAGCUCCAAGGUGGAGGGGAGGGGACCAGCGGGCACUGUCAUCAACGCAGGUCCCCGGGGCCCCGGUCUUUUGGCCGACAGAUACCCGCUGGAGCUUCCUUAAAGAUCUCCCGUUUAGCUCCAGCUCCGAUCUCCCACUUCUUUUAGCAACUUCCGUCACCUCCCUUUGACUGCCGAAGACUCUGGUGAAUACGAGCUGUAUUCAAAUUCCCCUCUACACCCCCAAGAGACAGGAAAGAAGGAAGAAAUGGCACCCACAAGAGCUUGCGCCAACGCCCUUCGCGCGAGCAGCAGCAGCCGCCUCGGUUCCGUCGUCGCCCCGAUAGCGGCCACGAGACGGUGCUUCGCUGCUGCUGCUGCUGUUGCUGCCAACUCGACGUUCUCGGCCCGCGUUAUGGGACAGACAACGACGGCACGCCUCGGUUGGAGUGCUACUCCUGCUGCGGCGACGAGGACGACGGCGGCGGCUGCGCGCUUCUUCUCCUCGGAGAAGGAGAGGGUCGAGGACGACUACCACCAGAUUUCCGCCAACGGGAGCAAGAUCUGGGACUUUAGCCAGAUGGCGGAGCUGGCCAAGGAUCCGGGCAACGUCGUCAUUGUCGGUAUGUCUUUGCUAUCACCACCACCACCACCACUACUACUACUACUACUACACAUCCCGCCCUGUGGCCUUGCCACUCUUCGGGCUGAUCCUUAAAUGGUUUUCUUUCGCUAACCGAAAAUCCCUUGUGCCCCAAAGACGCCCGCGAACCAGGCGAACUC